ACCACAACUACACAUUAGCAUUGUUUGUUUAUUUGUAUCAUAAAUUUUAAAUUUUUAUUAUUUUGUUAAUUUUAUGUAAAAAUUUUAAUUUAUCCUUGUUUGAUGGUAAAUAUGUUGAAUUUAUUGUUAGAUUAUCAAUGUUGUCGGUGUUAGCUCCCCUGGUAGCAAGGUCGCUGGCCAGGGGGACUGGAAUCUCGAGUACAAGACUUUUGCUCUUCCAAAAUACUAUAAAUCGGUGUUCAAUCUGUUUAAAUUCAACAAGUAGAAUCCCAGUUCAUGACAGUAGAAAAUUAUCAGAGACUGAAGGACACACAGAAGAUAAUAGUAUAAAACACAACAAGAAUGUGGAAAGAAAGAUGAUAAAUAGUUUGAAUUAUAAUGCAAAAUUUGCCGAUUUUAUAAGGAAGGACACCAAGCCAGAUGACGGAAUGGGUUAUGGCCUAGUGGCACUAUUUAUCGCAAUGUUUGGAAUCUCAUUUGCCUGUGUUCCACUAUACGAGUACUUUUGCCAACAAUCGGGGUAUCUGGGAACCACAAAGAAAACAAAAACAUACACACCACCGCCUGAAAAUUUGAAUUUGAGAAAGUUUGAAAUUGAUUUUGUGACUCAUUCUAACCUGAAUUGGGAGUUUAAGCCCUGUCAGAAAAGAGUAGUGGUCAGACCUGGUGAGACUACACUAUCUUUCUAUACGGCUAAGAACCUGAGUAAAGAACCCGUUAUAGGAGUUGCUGCAUACCAUGUUAUACCGGAUGAGGCUGGACUUUAUUUUAAUAAAAUACAGUGUUUCUGCUUUGAAGAGCAAUUACUAAACCCAGGAGAGGAGGUGGAUUUACCCGUUCUUUUCUUUCUAGAUCCCGAAAUCGUAAAGGAUAAAAAACUACAUGGAGUUGAUAAGAUCACAUUGUCGUACAUCUUCUUUGAAGCUAAUUCUGAAAUACCGCCAGAAUAUAAAAGUUUAUUUAACCAGACGUCUGAACCCAUAAAAAAUAGUUGACUGUCUAUUUCUAAUAAGACUAAUUAUUUCUAAUAAUA